UUUGAUUUCCUCCAGCGAUCUUCAUCUGUUCUCCAUAAACAGCUAUUAGGCUUAUAUAUUUAUAUAUUACAAAUGAGUUCAUUGGUAUCAACUUCCUGUUAUCCAUAUAAUGCUAAUGCAUAGUUAGACAUACAGACGUAAGGUGGAAAAACAAUCAAAAUAUCAAUAACUGCUUUCAAUUGAAUUUAAGCGUCCUGUUCCGGUUUGUAUGAAGACUUUAUAACUAACAGACCACAUUUUGUGGGAAUAAGCAUGUAGCUACAGUAUAAGUUACUGUAACGAAUACUAGUAAGUAUACAUGUGGAUAUUUUACUACUAUUUUUCUAAUCAGUAUUCUGGAUAAAGCAAGGAGAUUCGGUGACUUGGUCUGGACUCGUCUGAUGAGAGAAAAGGGUUCAUAGAACCUCAUUAGCAUGAUCUGUGAAUGAGUUUGCGUCUUUUUUGUACUUGUGUGAUAUUUCAGAAGUCGUCGGGCUUGUUGGUUAAUUAACUUCUCUCCCUCUACACUCAUUGUACUGGUAUGUCCUAAUGGACCUUGGGCAUGCGUCCACAAAGACAUACCUUCAGUUCAUCAAAGUGCCUUGGAGAUUAUUUGCAACAGGAGGCUAAUUAAUGGCUUUGAGCUUGACAUGAAAUCCUCAAAUGAGCAGCUGCGCUUUGUGUCACUGUGGCCGGAAUGACGUCUGCACAGGACUGACCGCGGACUUGACGGGACAGUAUAAAGGAGCUGUUGUUGAGACGAGGUAGGAGCAGAUGACUGCUUCCCACGGGCCAGAACAUAAUGUGGUUCCUCACCAACUUCAAGAAAGCUGCUGGGAUGGACAAGCAGAAGCUCCUGCUGCUGGUCCUCAUCCUGCUGCUGUCCCAGCUGACCUGCGCCGCCUACGACGUGCCCGAGUGCUGCAGGCAGCCGUCCCGCCCGUGCCGCCUCUACGUGUUGCUGUGUCGCUCCGGGGCCAAGAGCAGCGGGGGGCCGCUGACGGGGGACGCGGCUGCGGGCAUCCUCACCCUGGGUAAGAGGACCGAGGAGGAGCACCGCUUGCAGAGUCGGCUCCAGCAGCUCCUGCAGGGCUCCAGGAACCAGGCGGCGGGGAUCCUGACCAUGGGGAAGCGGGCUGGAGAGGCGUACGUGGACUGGAUGGCUCAGUCCUUGUCAUCCAUCACAACCAACCUGCCGGUGUGAAGCUGGAACUCACGUCUCUACAACGUUGUAUCACAACAAUGUAUGUAUAUACGGCAGCUUCACAAUAAAAUACACAAUAAAAAUAUUGAAACAAUAUUUUGUGAUUCUUUUGAACUGUGGCUUAUUGAGAUGUGUAAUACUGUACAUAUAUGUUUAAUAAAUAACAUAAAACUC